UUAAUAUCAUUAUAGUCCAUAAACAUGGUAAUAGUAUUAAGUAUUAACGAUAACAGUUUCCCAAAAAUGUACAAAAAUACACCCACCCAAUAUUUUUGGGAGUGCAGUGCACCUCUUGUAAUUACGUCCAAGCCGCCUCUGACGUACGAAGUAUCUUGCAAACAUUGUAUUUGUUCAAAGACGCGUACUGCUGAUUCACGUGCCCCAUCAAAUCUUCGCAAGCAUUUGAAAGAUAAACAUAGUAAUGUCAAGUCUGUUAGAGAAUUACUAGCUCCUUCUACUACUGUUUCAAUAGAUGUUAAAAGAAAAGUCAACACUGAAAUUAAUGAUAAUUCUGAUGUAAAAAAAAUCAAAAAUUUAAAUACUGUUCAGAUGUCAAUACUUAAUUGUUCAAAUCGUAAAAGUUUGACUUCUCAAGAAGACCUUGAUCAAAUGAUCUUAGACGUCAUAAUAAAUGCACAUUUACCAUUCAAUUUGGUUUCUCAUGAAAGUUUUAAAACAAUUAUUUCCAAAGGCUAUCCUGGAAGAACUGUAUUAUGUCGCCAGACUUUAAUGAAACGUAUAGAUAAUAGCUAUAAAAUUGCCUUUGAUAAAUUAAAGAACAAGUUGAAUUUGGUUGAAUUUGUAUCAACGACAGCCGAUGCUUGGUCUACAUUUAAAAGAUCAUACUUAGGAAUUACUGUUCACUGGAUCGAUACAGAAACAUUUGAACGCCAAUCUUAUUUGCUAUCUAUAAAACCUUUGAAAGGUAAACAUACUUAUGAUGUACUGGCUAGAGCAAUGGAGUCAGUAUAUACUGUUUUUGACAUAAAUGAUAAAAUCUGUUAGAUUGUGUGACUCAAUUGGUGUUGUG